AUAAGUGUCGAACCCUCAAACAGCGACUGAGCUUGGGUGCGUGUCGGGGUGGAGAGACACGUGUAGGCAGGAUACAUCAAGGGGGAACUCAGAUAAAGUAGACGGAAAUUUAAAUUUUGUGAGUUGUGAUAGAUUUGUAAAAUACUUGGGAUUUGAACGGUCAAGGUUUUUUACCCAAAAGACGCAAAAUGGGACGCGGAGAAGGUCGGGAACAGUAUGAACUUGCGGCCACCUCAGAACAGGGGAACAAGAAAUCCAAGUCCAAGGGUAAAAAGGACAAGGAUAAGGAUAUGGAUGAACUCAAAAAAGAAGUGGAUUUGGAUGAUCACAGGCUCUCACUGGAAGACCUCAGCAGGAAGUAUGGGACAAAUCUAACGCGGGGACUGACUGCCUCCCGUGCAAAAGAGAUCCUUGCACGUGAUGGUCCCAAUGCUCUGACUCCGCCUCCCACGACCCCGGAAUGGGUCAAGUUCUGCAAACAGCUCUUUGGUGGCUUUUCAACUCUGUUAUGGAUUGGAGCUAUUCUUUGUUUCCUGGCUUAUGGAAUUCAAGCAGCAUCAGAAGAUGAACCAGCAAAUGAUAAUUUGUAUCUUGGAAUUGUGCUCUCUGCGGUGGUUAUGAUCACUGGUUGCUUCUCAUACUAUCAAGAGGCUAAAAGCUCAAAAAUCAUGGACUCCUUCAAGAAUCUUGUGCCUCAGCAAGCCCUGGUCAUCCGUGAUGGAGAGAAGAUGAGCAUCAAUGCUGAAGAGGUAGCUGUUGGUGAUCUUGUGGAGGUUAAGGGCGGAGACAGAAUUCCUGCUGAUCUGCGUAUAAUUUCUGCCCAUGGGUGCAAGGUUGACAACUCCUCUCUCACUGGUGAAUCCGAACCUCAGACUCGAACUCCUGACUUUUCCAAUGACAAUCCCCUGGAAACAAGGAACAUUGCUUUUUUUUCUACCAACUGUGUUGAAGGAACUGCUAGAGGUAUUGUCAUCAACACUGGUGACCGAACUGUGAUGGGUCGUAUUGCCACUCUUGCUUCUGGUCUUGAAGUUGGCAGAACCCCCAUUUCUAUUGAGAUCGAACACUUCAUCCACAUCAUUACUGGUGUAGCUGUCUUUCUUGGUGUGAGCUUCUUUAUUCUCUCACUGAUUCUUGGAUACAGCUGGCUGGAGGCUGUCAUCUUCCUCAUUGGUAUCAUUGUUGCUAAUGUGCCAGAGGGUCUUUUGGCAACUGUAACUGUCUGUCUGACUCUGACUGCCAAGCGUAUGGCCAAGAAAAACUGCCUCGUGAAGAAUCUUGAAGCUGUUGAAACUCUAGGCUCCACUUCCACCAUCUGCUCAGACAAGACAGGAACCCUCACUCAAAACCGAAUGACUGUGGCUCACAUGUGGUUUGACAAUCAGAUCCAUGAGGCCGACACUACCGAGAACCAGAGUGGAACCUCUUUUGACAGAAGCUCUGCCACUUGGGCUGCUCUUGCUCGAAUUGCUGGUCUAUGUAACCGUGCUGUCUUCCUAGCUGAUCAGGAUAAUGUUCCAAUCCUCAAGAGAGAUACCGCUGGUGAUGCUUCAGAGAGUGCUCUGCUGAAGUGUAUUGAGCUGUGUUGUGGCUCAGUAAAGGACAUGAGGGACAAGUAUACAAAGAUUGCUGAGAUCCCCUUCAACUCCACCAACAAAUAUCAGUUGUCCAUCCAUAAAAACUCCAAUGAGGGUGAGAGCAAGCACCUGCUAGUGAUGAAGGGGGCCCCUGAGAGGAUCCUGGACAGGUGUUCAACCAUCAUGCUUCAGGGAAAAGAACAGCCUCUUGAUGAUGAGAUGAAGGAUGCCUUCCAGAAUGCCUACUUAGAACUUGGUGGUCUGGGAGAGCGAGUGCUGGGUUUUUGCCAUUAUAGUCUUCCUGAUGAUCAGUUCCCUGAGGACUUCCAGUUUGACACUGAUGAAGUGAACUUUCCAACUGAAAACCUGUGCUUUGUUGGCCUCAUGUCUAUGAUUGAUCCUCCUCGGGCAGCUGUGCCAGAUGCCGUUGGAAAGUGCAGGAGUGCUGGAAUCAAGGUUAUUAUGGUCACUGGUGAUCAUCCAAUCACGGCAAAAGCCAUUGCUAAAGGUGUGGGUAUCAUCUCUGAAGGCAACGAGACUGUAGAAGAUAUUGCUGCUCGGCUGAACAUUCCCAUCAAUGAAGUUAACCCCAGAGAUGCCAAGGCUUGUGUGGUUCAUGGUGGUGAUCUGAAAGACCUGACCGCUGAGCAGUUGGAUGAUGUCUUGAAACAUCACACUGAAAUUGUCUUUGCCCGAACAUCUCCACAGCAAAAACUUAUUAUUGUGGAAGGCUGCCAACGCCAGGGUGCCAUCGUGGCUGUGACGGGUGAUGGUGUCAAUGAUUCUCCUGCUCUGAAGAAGGCUGAUAUUGGUGUUGCUAUGGGCAUCGCAGGAUCUGAUGUCUCCAAACAGGCUGCUGAUAUGAUUCUUCUAGAUGACAACUUUGCCUCUAUUGUGACUGGAGUUGAGGAAGGCCGCUUGAUCUUCGACAACUUGAAGAAAUCAAUUGCAUACACGUUGACUAGUAACAUUCCAGAGAUUACUCCUUUUCUCCUGUUUAUUAUUGCAAAUAUACCUCUUCCUCUGGGAACUGUCACCAUUCUCUGCAUUGACCUGGGUACUGACAUGGUUCCUGCAAUCUCAUUGGCUUAUGAGGCUGCUGAGAGUGACAUUAUGAAGAGACAGCCAAGAAACCCUAAAACAGACAAACUGGUGAAUGAGAGGCUCAUCAGCAUGGCUUAUGGACAGAUUGGUAUGAUUCAAGCCCUUGCUGGCUUCUUUACCUACUUUGUCAUUCUGGCCGAGAAUGGAUUCCUGCCAUCAACAUUGCUGGGUAUCCGUGUCUUUUGGGAUGACAAAUAUAUCAAUGACUUGGAAGAUAGCUAUGGCCAGCAAUGGACAUAUGAGCAGAGGAAGAUUGUGGAGUUUACAUGCCAUACUGCAUUCUUUAUCAGCAUCGUGAUUGUGCAGUGGGCUGACUUGAUCAUUUGUAAGACCAGGAGAAAUUCUGUCUUCCAGCAAGGAAUGAAGAACAAAAUCCUCAUCUUUGGACUAUUUGAGGAGACAGCCCUUGCAGCAUUUCUAUCGUACUGCCCAGGAAUGGAUGUCGCCCUCAGAAUGUACCCUCUCAAACCAAACUGGUGGUUCUGCGCUUUCCCCUACUCUCUUCUCAUCUUUAUUUAUGAUGAAAUCCGAAAGCUUAUUAUCCGGCGUAGUCCAGGAGGUUGGGUGGAGAGAGAGACCUACUACUAAUGCAUCCAGUCUACGUCACACGUUUCUUUGCAUGGCUGUCUUGCUGCUUGGAAUUUUAACUUCAGUAAUUUGGAUCUUUUUUUAUAUAUAUCUACAUAAAUAUCAUUAGGGAAUGCUUGACACAAACACUGAGAUCGUGAACCAAGACAUUGUGUGCCUUGUUUCUGAAGCCGGACCAAUUUUAUACAUGUUUUUAAAAAUGUAAUAUAAAUAAACUAAUCAGGUCCCACA